AGUCUCGUUUCUAACGUCAAGCUAUAAAGCUGAGAAAAAAAGGUUUUAACUUAGAAAUAAAAAAACAGAGGAAAAAAUAUUAAGAAAAAAUUAAGAUUGUUUAUUAGAAGACAGAUUUGUGUGCAUUAAAAUAUUAAAUCUAUUUUUGUCUUUCAUUCCUCAUAACUCUUGUUGCAUAUUAGAAGUGGCUAUCAGUAGAUUUAUUUUGUGUUGCUCCAUGUGAAUGUGAUAUCCAAAUAAAGUAAUUUAAGAUUUCAAUCAAGAUUCAUCACAUUGAUAAUAAAUAAAUUUACUUCGUAAAUUGAGAAAACAAAUAAAUCAGAAAUAUGGAGAUAGAUGGUGAUGAGAUUCAACAAAUCAACAUUAAUUUCGAAAAUAUUUAUUACACUGUUUCCGUGCCUAAACAAAAAGAAAAGAAAAAUGUGCUGAAAGGUAUCAGCGGAUGCUUUAAAUCAGGCGAGCUCACAGCCAUAAUGGGACCGUCAGGCGCCGGAAAAUCAUCACUUUUAAACAUUUUAACUGGUUUCACGAAGCAAGGAGUGAAAGGCGUACUGGAAAUGGGAGAGAAAAACACAAGAUACGAUGGUCAGAAGUCUUGCAGUUACAUCCUUCAAGAAGAUCAUCUUUACCCUUUCUUCACUGUUAACGAGACAAUGACGAUCGCAACAAAUUUGAAAAUAUCCGACCGGUGUAUGAGUCACGAUGAAAAGCAAUUGCUUAUCGACCAGAUUUUAGAGACACUUCAUUUAACGUAUGUUAAAGAUACACGAUGUGGAUCGUUGUCAGGUGGUCAAAAGAAACGACUUUCGAUUGCCCUCGAGCUGAUUGAUAAUCCACCAAUUUUAUUCCUCGAUGAGCCGACAACUGGUCUCGAUAGUUCAUCGUCAACACAUACCAUACGGUUAUUGCACAAUUUAGCGAGAGAAGGUCGAACAAUCGUAUGCACGAUUCAUCAGCCAUCGGCCUCCAUCUAUGAGAUGUUCGAUCACGUGUACGCACUUGCGGAAGGUCAUUGCGUUUAUCAGGGAUCAAAUGCCAACACUAUUCCUUAUCUUGCAUCGCUCGGUUUGCAAUGUCCGCAGUAUCAUAGUGCACCCGAUUAUCUUUUGGAAGUGACGAAUGGAGAAUAUGGAAACUUCACGUAUCAACUUGCAAAAGCGGCAAUAAAUGAUCAGUGGAGAUCGUCAACAACGUCUGUGUACAUACGAGAAGAAUAUGAGAAUAGCUUAGAUCGUGAUCGUGAUCGCAUUGAUGAUAGAAUCUCGAAUGACACAGAUGAGAAGCGAAUAAGCGUUUACACGAAAACGAGCGAUGAAAUGUCAGCUAAAUUCAGUUUAAAAGGCGGGGAACGUACGACACCUUCGGAAUGGACACGACUCUGGGUUCUCAUUGCUAGAUGCAAUGUUCUCUUAUUUCGCGAUUGGACUGUAACAAAUUUGAAGUUUCUUCUUCACAUUCUUUGUGGAAUUUUAAUUGGACUUUUGUUUGGUGAUUCCGGUGUGAAUGCUGAUAAAAGCAUUUCGAAUGUUGGCUUUUUGCUUAUAAAUGGUGUUUAUUUAUGGUACACGACAAUGAUGCCGAGCGUGUUACGUUUUCCAGCCGAAAUUUCGAUACUUAAGAAAGAAGUUUUUAAUAAUUGGUACAAAUUAAGGACUUAUUAUCUUGCUACGCUUAUAACAUCAACGCCUUUACAUGUGCUCAACACGUCUAUUUACAUAUGUGCUGUUUACUUCCUAACAGAACAACCGCCUGAUUCAACAACAUUCUUCAAAGUUUUGUUCGUUUAUAUUUUAGUGACAAUUGCUGCUGAUGGUUUUGGCAUUCUUUUAGGAACUUUGAAUAAUCCAGUUAACGGAACAUUCUUUGCUGCUGUGUUGUCAUGUUUUAUGAUUGUUCUUUCGGGAUUCUUGGUUCUCUUCAAACAUAUGCCGAAGAUGCUGCAAUUUAUCAGCGACACAAGUAUAUUAAAAUAUUCUCUGGAAGCUUGUGUUGUUACUGUUUAUGAGAUCGAUCGGAAAGAUCUUCAAUGUCCUGAAGAUGUUCUUUAUUGCCAUUAUCGGAAACCUGAAACUAUUUUGAAAGAACUUGGCAUGGAAAAUGGAGAUUACGUCUCAAAUGUUAUCAAACUUAUUGCUCAACUUUUGUUCUUUAAAAGCAUGUGUUACUUCACACUUCGUCGACGACUUUUAAAAUCAUAAUUCUUGGAAAUGCAAUUUGAAAUCAAGCAUUGCAAUGCCUACAAAUAAAUUUUAAGAAGAGUUAUUAUGGUUAAGAAAUAUUUUUUAUACGUAUAAUGGGAAGGCUCGCAAAUUAUUUUUGCAUACACGUGAAAGCGUGAAAAAUUGAAAAGUUGAAAUAAAAAAAUGUGAUAUGUUAGUUUUAAUGAUUUAAUUCUUAUGUUUGUUUUCAAUUUAGAUUCGAAUCAACAACCAGGAUUUGAUCUGUAAAAAGGAGAUUGAUUCAUCGUAUUGUUUUUCAUUUAAAACACAAAACAUGUCUCUUACUUGGUGAAAUAAUUUAAUCAUGUAAUGAGUUACAAUUUCGCCAAACGGUUGACGUUUUCUGAUAGGAACAGUCCAAGAAUCUCAGAAUAUGAUGUAAUAAAAAUAGUUCAUUCGCCCCAUUUGAUGACAAAUAUUAAAAGAAGCUGCUUAAUAUGAGAGAUAAGAUGAAACAAUUUUAAUGUUUAUAUUUGUGUCAUUCACCUACUGACUCACAUUUUAUUCAAAACAAAUUGUCUGAAAACAAAAAUCUAUUUAGGAACAAUUCGUCAAGGUCUGAU